GCUGUUUCUGUUAAGAGGUUAUAAAACAUAAACUUGCCGACACGAAAUUCUCAAUAAAAAUGUUAUUAAUAAAACGCGGCUUUAGUAAAUUAUUACGCAUAAAUGAAAUAUCGAAAACUAGUAAAGUUGGCGAACCUUUAUCAGUGAAGGGAUGGGUAAAAAACGUACGACGAAUGAAGAAUAACAUAUUCCUGGAUAUAAACGAUGGUUCUUCAUCUAGUAAAUUCCAAGUUAUUGUCGCAAAAAAUGAACUGACUAAGGAUAUACAAAGUGGUUGUAGUAUAUUUGCUAACGGCACCCUACAAAUUGCACCGAACGGUAACUUUGAAUUGAAUGCGGAUGAUGUCAAUGUAAUAGGUCAUGGCAAUAUAACAACUGGUUACCCUUUUGCACCAAAGCAAAAACUUCCUCCAGAAUAUGCACGCGAAUAUUUGCAUUUACGUUCACGGGUAGAUUAUGUGGCGGCACAAAUGCGUGUGCGGCACAGAGCUCAAAAAGCAAUUCAUGACUUUAUGGACAAUGAAGGUUUUGUGCAAAUAGACACACCUAUAAUGUCAACCAAUGAUUGUGAAGGUGCUGGAGAAACUUUUACUGUAAGACCCGAUUCCUUAGUAUUACUAAAAGAAAUGUCUAGACCUGAUAUACCCUUCGAACACAGUUAUUUUGACGAAAAAGUUUUUCUUAGUGUUUCCGGGCAACUUCAUCUUGAAGCAAUGUCCUAUGGAUUAGGCAAUACGUACACAUUAUCACCAGCAUUUCGGGCAGAAAACUGCAAAUCACCUCUACACUUGGCAGAAUUUUUUAUGCUUGAGGCAGAAUUAGCAUUUAUUGAUGAAUUAUCAGCACUGACACAAUUUAUAGAAAAGAUGAUAAAAACCAUCACCACACAAAUUCUGAACAAAAGUGAAGAUGACUUGAUCAACUGUCAACGCCAAACGCAAUAUGAUACUAAUACAUUAAAAUUACUUCAGAAUAAUUGGACGACUUUAACUUACGAUGAGGCGUUGAAAAUUAUUAUGAAUAAAAAAGACCAAUUCAAAACAGCUAUAACGCCUAAUCAAGGAUUCUCUAAAGAGCAAGAAUUAUUUUUAGUUUCCCAUUGUAAUACACCAGUAUUUGUUGUAAAUUGGCCAAAAGCAAUAAAACCAUUUUAUAUGAAAACUAUGAGAAAUAAUGAUGAUGUUGUUGAAGCCUUGGAUUUGUUAAUGCCAACUGUUGGUGAACUUUGUGGUGGCAGUCUACGUGAAAGCGAUGCUCAACGUUUAGCGCAAAAUCCGGAUUUACCAAAAGGUUUAGAGUGGUACGUAGAGUUACGUAAAUUUGGUGGUAUACCAACUGGUGGCUUCGGUAUGGGUUUUGAAAGAUAUUUACAGCUAAUUACUGGUGUCAAGAAUAUAAGAGAUGUUAUACCAUUUCCAAGAUAUCCACAUAGCUGUAAGUUAUAAUAAAGAUCACUACAUAGCAAUGCUAAGUAAAUUAAAAAAUAUUGUAUUUUUUAUUAUAUUUGAGUCAGUUCUUUUUUAUUAAAUUUUAAAUAAUGUUAUAUGUAACAAUUAAUUGCAAGUGUAUUUUAAAACCUAAGACUUACAUUUUUUUAUUGACGUAAACACACAUUUUUUAAUGCUGAUUAUUUCACUAAAAAUUAGUAUGCAAAGUAAAUAUUAAAGUUGGCCUAACAUUGGCUUGCGACCUGGCCAGGCUUCCUUUGCGUAUUUCUUUUUCUGUGGACCAUUAGACGUUGCAUCCAUUACAAUCGAAUGAUUAUCGAAACGAUGUGCUAAAGAAAAUAAAAUAAAAAUUGUAAAUAAAUUUUUUAAAUAAAAGUGUUUGCUUAUUUGUUUUUUACUUAUAACAAACGAAUAUCA